AUGGAGUGGCCUGCUUGUACGGAUGAAUAUGAAAAGCUCUUGAUACGAAUGAGCACUCCCAGGGUUGUCAUUGACAAUACCAGUUGCUCCAUGGCGACUCUGGUCAAGGUUGAUAGUGCCAGAAGACAUGGUAUUCUAUUGGAUGCGGUGCAAGUGCUCACUGAUCUUAACCUUUAUAUUAAGAAGGCAUAUAUUUCUUCUGAUGGCAGGUGGUUCAUGGAUGUUUUCCACGUCACCGAUCAAAACGGAAACAAGCUAACAGAUGAGAGCGAUAUAAAACAUAUUGAACAGUCACUUGGGAGCAUUCAUAAUGGAAGAAGCAAUCACUCAAAUGGUCUUACUGCACUGGAAUUGACUGGAACAGACCGUGUCGGUCUUCUAUCGGAAGUGUUUGCUGUAUUGGCUGAUCUUCAAUGCGAUGUGGUUGAGGCUAGGGUUUGGACUCACAAUGGUCGCAUUGCCUCCCUAAUCUAUGUCAAAGAUUACAAUUCUGGGUCCACUAUUGAGGACUCUCAGAUAAUUAAUAAGAUUGAAGUGCGUUUAAGAAAUGUUUUAGAGGGAGACAAUGACAUUAGAAGUGCAAAAACUUCCGUCUCUAUGGCUGUCAUGCACACUGAAAGAAGGCUACAUCAAAUGAUGUUCGCUGACCGAGAUUAUGAGAGGACUCCCAUUUUCAAGUUUACUUCUGAUAACCCAGUAGUGACUGUCCAGAAUUGGGCACAAAGGGGUUAUUCAGUUGUGAAUGUUCAAUGCAAGGAUCGAAGCAAGCUAUUGUUCGAUGUUGUCUGCAACUUGACAGACAUGGAAUAUGUUGUGUUUCAUGCAACUAUUAACACGAAUAGUGACCAAGCAUCCCUGGAGUUUUACAUAAAACAUAAGGAUGGCACUCCAAUUAAUUCAGAACCAGAGCGUCAACGCGUAAUUCAAUGCUUAAAAGCUGCUGUGAAGAGAAGGGCAUCUGAGGGUGUUCAGCUAGAGUUAUGCACGGAAGACAAGCAGGGGCUUCUAGCAGAAGUAAUGAGAACUUUCCGAGAGAAUGGUUUGAAUGUGAUCAGGGCUGAUAUAUACACCACAGGGGACAUGGCAACAAAUAUGUUUUAUGUAACAGAUGUGAUUGGAAACCCAGCUGAUCCAAAAAUCAUUGAAUCUGUUAGGCAGAAAAUUGGGCUUGCCGAUUUAGAAGUGAAGGAGUUGCCAUUGAUGGAUCAACAAAAGGCAGAGAAAGAGGAUCAAGACGUUGGAGUUGGCGGGGCAGUGUUGUUGUCUAUUGGGAGCCUUGUGAGAAGGAAUCUUUUCAAUUUGGGACUCAUCAGAUCCUGUUCUUAAAGCAGAGGACAUAGUGUAGAGAGGCAAAUUUAGGAUUG